AUGGCGACUAUGGAACAACAUCUUAAUCCGUUUUCCGCUCAGCCUUCUAGCAACGAAGUAAGCGUUGGGGUGAUGAAGAUGUUGCUGCAUCUUCGUAGCAUUGGUGUCAAUGUAGAGAAAAUCUAUUUUGACGGGGCACUUCCUGCAUUUAAGCGUAAAACACGCAUAGAGAGGAUGGGGAAACUCGCAUCCAAGCUUCAGCAGGCCUGCCUUGCAAAGGAACACGGAUUUAAAGGCGGCACUGUUCGACGGGGCCAGGCGAGGCUCGAUACCGAAAUAUUCUUCAGUCGACGCUUAAUGAACCCCAAGUUUUAUACCUUGCCUGACAACCCACUUAUGGUUGCCACAGUUGCAGAGGAUCUAAAGUAUCGGUGGGACUGGGAGUCAAUAAAGCCGUAUUAUAGCUCUGACAGCCUAGGGGAAAAUUCAGGUCCCGUGGGAUUUCUGUGGGCAAAUAUAACAGAGGUUGUUCUUGGGGAGGCGGAUGUCUUCUGUGCUGAGAUCGCAAGGGAACGAGGCUCUGCAGUGCUUACUGGAGAUUCAGAUCUCGUCGUGCACGAUUUAGGCCCCAACGGGUCGGUUGUAUUCCUCGACUCAAUAGAGAAGUACGAUAUCGUAGAUACCAAUGAUGGGCUACCGUCCUUUGGCGUGCGAGCCACAGAGACGCGUCCUGCCAAUAUUGCCCACCAUUUAGGCGUAAAAAGCCUACUAAGAGUUGGAUACGAACUGAAACAAAAUCCGUACCUGAAGUGGUCAAAGGUGGCAGAGUUGUGUAAGGCUGCUGAUGAGAAACAGGAAAUGACUUCUUCCUAUGACGAGUUUUUAAACGAGUAUAACGCUCGUCCCUAUUGGAUGCCUGAAAGUGAUGGAAACGGCUUCCCUCUCCUUGAUUCAAAGGUUUCGGAGCUGGUAGCUCAAUAUCACCUCCCAAGUUUCAACGCAGACGGCGACGAGCUGUACUAUUACCUGCCGGUCAUGGUAGAAAAACAUGGUCGGAGGUGUGCUUGGGCUGAAGGGGGUGACAUCAGAGCCAUCGCGUACUCUAUCUACAACCUGUCAUUCUCAAAAGGGGAGAGAAGGGCUACAGUUCUGGAGUAUGCACGAAGAGGACAAAGGAUAGUUCCGACUCCCGUUUCCCUGCUGAGCGAAGAAGCCAUUGCAUCGCCUGUGGAAGAGUUGCUUGUGCAACUACAAUCAGCUCAGUUCCCAGUUAGAGGCGCAAACGUAUACUACUGGGUACUUUUUGCCUUGAUUCGCAUUUAUGCAGGUCUAGAGCACUCCCAACUCCCUAAACCCCGUGCAAUGGCCAAUUUCUUCAAAGUUGGCCACGCAGGAGAGAUGUUACAAUGGGAUGACAUACAUUUGCGGGCUCAAAUACUGUGUAUCCUCUACUCUCUACGGAUGCUAAAACAGCUCCUGCAAGUUUCGUUGCUCAAAGGCGGCCCUGAAGUCCAGCGCCUAGGGAAGCCACUUCUCGAAAUGCUAUCUAGCCUACCCACAUUGAGCACAUUAUCUGAUGCGGGGAUUAAUUCAAGCAACGCCAAAGAGGAGGAUGAGAAGCAUUUAGCUCACGUUAUCAACACUAUCUUUGAACGAUUGGGCAAUGGUAAACAGGUCCUUAUUCCAGAAACAGAACAGGGCGACCAGCCGACACCGGAGGAGAUGGGGAAUCCGAUACACAUAAUGAACAGUAUGCAACCCCAUGCUCCAAACAAUAAGAAGAGAAAGCGGGCGAAGAGGUCAACAAUCCCUCCAUCUACAGCCCAUCGACGACCAGAACACAACAAAAAUAUCUAUGAGAUUCUGCAAAGUGCCUGCGAUGCUCAGCCGUAG